CCGGCCGAGCGCGGCGCGGCCCUGGCUGUCAGCAGCGCCCGAGCGGCCAUGGGGCAGCGCGGCCGCCGGGGCCGCUGAGACCGCCGAGCCCCGGCGCGGCCCGGCGCGGCCCCGGCGCCGCCAUGGAGCUGGAGCCGCCCGCGGAGCUGCCGGAGCCGCGCGCCGCCAGCAAGGGGCCGCCCCGCAGCGCUGCAGAUGUGGAGCAGAUGAGUUCUUCCUCUCCUGUCCUCCCUGUGAACUCCGUGGGCAAUGAGCGGGUGGAUCAGCGAACCUGCCUGAUCUGCGGGGACAGGGCCACGGGGCUGCACUAUGGCAUCAUCUCCUGCGAGGGCUGCAAGGGCUUCUUCAAGAGGAGCAUCUGCAACAAGCGCGUGUACCGCUGCAGCCGCGACAAGAACUGCGUCAUGUCCCGCAAGCAGCGCAACCGCUGCCAGUACUGCCGCCUGCUCAAGUGCCUGCAGAUGGGCAUGAACCGCAAAGCAAUCAGGGAGGAUGGCAUGCCAGGAGGCAGAAACAAAAGCAUUGGACCUGUCCAGAUAUCAGAGGAAGAGAUUGAGAGAAUUAUGUCUGGGCAAGAAUUUGAGGGAGAGGCAAACAUGUCAUGGAGCAACAACGGAGACAGUGACCACAGCUCCCCUGGAAAUGGAGUUUCUGAGAGCAACCAGCCUUCACCUGUUUCUACUCCAUCUUCAAGUAGGUCGGUGGAGCUGAACGGCUUCGCUGCACUCAGGGAUCAGUACCUGGGCACGCCGGUGUCCACGCACUACCAGUACCUGCCGCACCUUUUCAGCUACUCGGCGCACUCGGCGCUGGUGGCGCCGCAGCCGCGCAGCCUGGAGCCGCAGUCACACAGCCUCAUCAGCCAGCUGCUGUGUGCCGAGGACCUGGAGCCCCUCAGCACGCCCAUGCUCAUCGAGGACGGGUACAAAGUGACUCAGGCAGAGCUGUUUGCGUUGCUGUGUCGUCUGGCGGAUGAGUUGCUUUUCAGGCAGAUUGCUUGGAUCAAGAAGCUGCCGUUCUUCUGCGAGCUCUCCAUCAAGGACUAUACCUGCCUGCUCAGCUCUACGUGGCAGGAGCUGAUCCUGCUCUCCUCGCUGACUGUUUACAGCAAGCAGAUCUUUGGUGACCUUGCAGAUGUCACCUCCAAGUACUCUCCCUCUGACGACGAGCUGCACAGGUUCAGUGAAGAGGGGAUGGAGGUGAUGGAGCGCCUGAUCUACCUCUUUCGCAAAUUCAGCCAGCUGAAGGUCAGCAACGAGGAGUAUGCCUGCAUGAAAGCCAUCAACUUCCUAAACCAAGAUAUCAGGGGUCUGACCAACGCCUCCCAGCUGGAGCAGCUGAAUAAGCGGUACUGGUACGUUUGCCAGGACUUCACAGAGUACAAGUACCCCCACCAGCCAAACCGCUUCCCGGAUCUCAUGAUGUGUUUGCCGGAGAUCCGCUACAUCGCAGGAAAAAUGGUGAAUGUCCCUCUGGAGCAGCUGCCUCUCCUUUUUAAGGCCGUUCUACAUUCCUGCAAGACGAGUGUGAGCAAAGAGUGAGCGCAGCUGGCCCCGGACGGUGCCUUUGCUGAGCUCACCCGGGAGAGGGCAAACCCAUCCAGGCAGGAGACAGCCCAGUGGGCCUCCCUGCCCUUGUAGCAAGAAUCUUUUUUGUUUGUUUUUUUUUUUUUUGUUUUUUUACUCGUUUUCCUAUAUAUUUAUUUCACGACAGAGUUGAAUGUAUGAUCUUCAACACGAUGCACAUGGUUCUGUAAGAAUGCAGCAGAUGCAUUCUCCAGCAGUUUACAGAAUGUGAAGAUGUUUAAUGUUACAGUGUUUGUUAGGGUUAGUUCUUUUGUAUUUGGGGCUGGGGACCGAGAUGACUAAGACUACCUCAAGGAGAAGAUGCUGUUCACGCACUGCUCUUUCCAUGAUUUGCAUCCAAAGCAUUUGUCACAGAGCACAAAUGUUGACAGAGCUGUUAGUAUCCCAAAGGGACGACUUUGGAGAAGUGGGUGCUAAGAGAAGUGCCAAGCUUUUUCUUUAAUUUUAGAAAGGCAGGAGUGGAGAAGGAGAAAUCUGUCUAGGCGGUGGGUUUCUUUUCCCCUGGCAGUUUCCAGAUGCAGGUUUCCAGUGGGAUGGCAGUGCUCUGAGGGGCUCCCUGGCCCUGUCCUGCCUGGGGAGCUGCAGGUGGGGUCUGCCCCAGCCCCUCCUGGCCAGCUGCCCUCUUACUGUUGCCACAAGACCUGCCAGUUCCUCAGAAAUUGUGUUCCUGUGGUUGAUAACAGGCUCCUGGUGUUACACAAAGGUGCUGCUGUUGCUAGAGGAUGGCAAGGACUUUAUCAUCACUUCCUUAAAAUCCAUUUUAGGUUUACAAAAGCAGGAAAAACCUACUUAGAGAAGAGGCAGGAUUGCCCCUGUUAAUGUGUUCCUCCAACAGGGUACCUGACUUCUGAGACUUCUGCAUUGCAGCAAUCCCCGUUUUGGGAGCAGUUAAUGCAUCCUGUGUUACAUGGGGCCUGUGUAGUGGGGUGAGGGACUCCAGUGUCCUCUGGAGUGGCAUGGCUUUCUCUGCUGGACUCAGGGAAUGGGUGUUAUAUCCUGCCAGGACUGCCCAGUUCCUUGUGGAACCCCAGGAAAAACUACAUUACUGCUGUACUUGGUUAUCUGCCAUGUUCUAGGUAUUGCAAGGCUUGGAUUUUCUGUCUCUCAGGCUCUCCACAGCUCCAGAUGAAGAACGGUUUAAUGACAGCUGAGUAGCUGAUUGAGUGAUUGCUAAGUGCUGGUGUUUAGCUAAACUUGGGCAUUCUCAUGAGUGACCUCAUGAUUUCCUGCUCAUGGUGGGGAGGUUGGAUGAGAUGCUCUUGAUCUCAUCUCCUUCAUUAGGAAUUCAUAUUCAAAAACUCUGUCACUCUCCUAGACAGCCUUGGCUGGAUUUCCCUCCCUGCCUCCUUAGAUGUCAAUGUGGCAUUCACUUAGCAAGGUGGCUCCUCGAUAAGUGUUUGAAUGCAGAUUUAAAAAUACUUGUGGAAACAACUUUUGUCCUUCAGGGUAGGAGGGACGAGUCACUGCCUUCUUGUCUUUCCCUGGUGGCAGCUGCGUGGCACAGAGCAAGCACGGCUCAGCAGGGCUGCAGCUGCUGUGCAUGAAUGUGAUGGUGAGCAGGAGAGAAAUCCCUCCCACCAAAGUCGUCCUUCCCUCCUCCCUGGCCCUCCCUUGGGUGCUCCAAGGGGGCUGUGCCCUGCUGGUUUGGCACGGCCGGGUCACACCGUGCCAGGGCCCUGCUGCUGCCUCACCACGGGCAUCCCGCUUGGGCACCUCCCAGCUCAAGGGUUUCCCUCUUCUAAAAGGGCAUAGCUGUUCAUUUUUCAGUAUUUAAGCAGGAUGUUACGGGUACUAGCUGCUGGGCACAGCAGCAGCUCAGCUCGGUGGAGCUUCGCACCCAAGGGUGGUUCCACAAACCUCGUUUGCUUUCUGUACAAUGAGACUCGUGGGUGUUCUCAGGAAAGCCUUCUGCAUACAGCCAAUACCUCGCGUGUUCAGGGGAAGAUUUUAGUGUAUCUGUUUGUAAGUUAGAAUGUAUUUCUCAGCUUUUGAGUUUAAUUUCCAAAUAGCUUGAUGUGAUCUUUUUAUUACGGGUUAUUUCUGGCUUGCUGUUCUAUACACUCAAGGAAUUGUUAAAAUUGCAUAGGAGUGAUUUUAUUCUACAGUUACUGAAUUAUUAUAAUCUUGAUGAAUAAGUGUUCUAAUUAGUGUACAUAAAACCAGUCAUCUUGUUGCCAGCUACCCAACAAAAAUAAUCUGUUGGGUAAUCUGUGGUUUUCCAAAAUAGCCUCCCAAAACUAAUGCUGUACCAACAACAACCAAAAACCUAAAUUCAGUUAUGAUGACAAACAGACAUGAAUGUUCCACUUUCUGUUGUAGAAAGCAAAUUUUACAAAGGUUGAUUGGCAGCAGUAUCCGUUCCCAAAUACACAUUUGCCAUAGGGAGUAGAAAGUCCUUCCUGAACUGACAGGUAAGGAAGCAGCAAACAGACCAGAUGGAAUCACGGGACAGUCAUUCCUGAUAUCUUCUGCACCAAGUCCUCUAAUGACUUGUAUUUUUUAAACAGGGUAAUGUGAAUGUGUUGCAUUGCAAACUCAGGUAUUAUGAGAAGGUAGGAAUGUAGCUAGAGACGUAGAGAUGUUAGGUAGAUGUAUUUGUGAAUUUGGUUUGAAGGACACCCUGGAAAGGUUGGAAUUUUUGUCCCAUUCUUCAUGUAACAUUCAGUUUACAGGGACUCAUAUUUUAUUUGUGCUUAAUGCUACUAGGGGGAAGUUCAUUAUCUUUGGUAUCUAUCUGCUCUUGCUUAUCUGACCUUCUGUCAUAGAGAAAUCUAUCAACAAUAAUAGUCUUUGGUAGAAUUUUCUGCCACGACAAGUCAAUUUUUAUCCCCGAUUUGAAAGAUAGAUUGGCUGGCUGACCCCCUCUUCUCCUUCACAGUGUCUGUGCAGAUAGAAAGCUGAAGAGUUACUUUUAAUCCGAGCAGAGAUUUGGGACAUAAAUUUGGAGUGCUCAGGGGAGGCUGCUGAGGAGCAGUGGUGGGGUCCUGCUCACGGGGCUCGGUCCCAGACCCCGGGGCCUCGACAAAACCUUCUGGAAAUUGAGGGAGUUUUCUUCCCCUUCAGCUCAGGCUCCUGCCAGCUGGGCUGAGCCCCCCCAGUGUGGCUGCUCUCACUUGCUGGGGGCAUUGGUGGCCCUGUCCCCAGCCAUGCAAAGGCUCAAGUGGCUCUGCUGCCGUCCCUCCCCUGUGCCAGCAGCAUCUGCCCUUGCUCCUCAGGCUUCUGCACAGACCCACAGCCACUUCAGGUAAAGCAGUUUAAGUCUUGUCCUUCAAACCAACUUUUUUUAAAAAAACAACACUUGAAUUUCUUUUAUCUUUACUACAUUUUUUAAAAGGAAAAAAAGAAAAAAAAAAGAUUCUCCUGUGAAUGUGCUAUUUCCCAUUCAUUCUUUCUUCUUUGUUGGUUUUGAUUUGAAGCUAUGAAGCUCUGUGUCUGUGAAAAUGUUGUUAUUUCUCAGGAUAAUAAGCGGCAAUCAUCCCUGCCACAUGAAAGGCAGGAGAAAGGGGGAAACUUGGGGAACUAGUUAAAGUAUGAAACUAAUUUUGAAGUUGUAGAUGAUGUGUAAAUGGAGGGGAGUGCAUAGCUAUCAGUAUCAAGCUGUGGCGUUUCUCUGGGUUCACGGUGUGUUGUUUCAAUGCACAGAAGCUCAGGGAUAAGUAUUUAAAAUGUGACCCAGAGAAACCCUGGUUUUGAUGUUGCAACAGUUGCUUCUUUCCCGACUUGUCUGGAGGACCCACUGAGAGCUGACCCGAGCCCCAUGUGGGGACUUUGGGGGGAAAGCUUUGGGUUUGGCUGUGGGAAGUUUGCCUGCUGAAGGCUCAGACGUGGUGCUGUGGGCAGAGCAUCCCAAAGGUGCUCGGGGCUGUACCAGCUGUGCCCUUGUGCCACCAGCAGCUGGGGACCAGCUCUGCCCGUGGGGCUCUGUUUCUGCAUUCCCUCAUCCCUCUGCCUUUGCUGUUAGAUGUUUGACUGUUCAUGGGAAACAGGAAUUUCCCAUUGUGUCCCUGGCAGCCAGUCGCAGGGCUCUGUACUCUAUUGCUUAUGAAUUCUAAAUUUUCAUCAUCAGUACAACUUUCUCACUGUGGUUGUAGGAACAGUCAGACAGUUUGAGAAGGGCACUGAUGUGUGACUCUGGUUGGGUUACAGCUGCUAUGAGUGUCCAAACAGCCCCAUCCACCCCAGACAGGGCCAGCACUGAGCAGCAAAAGUUUGAAGGGCUGAAACUCCCUCCCAGCACCCUCAGCCAGUGUCUGCAAACCUUGCAAAAAUCUGGGGAGGCCAAUCCAGGCAGUGUCUUUCCCUUGGAAAAAAAAAAAUUAAAAAUAGCUCCUGUGAGAUGCCCUCUGACAAGUCUGUGAAAGAAGCAACAUGGUUCAGUGGAAGAAAUGCCCCCAAGGGCAAAAAGAAACAGAAAUUGAGACCAGAUGACGAUCAACCUUAACAAAGCCUUUUGUGAUUCAUUGUUUCUUUCAAUUUAUAAAAUGUCUUGUAAUAGUUGAUAACAUUAUUGACUCGAUUUCCAUAACUAAACUACCUCGUGUGACAUCCUGUUUAUCAUCUCAAAGGGAUUGUGUGAAAAACUAAACACUGCCAGUGUCUGUUGCCAGCGAGGAACAGGGGCUGUGGUUGCUGGAGCUGUUUCCCUUCCCGUGGGCUGGGGCUGGCUCCUGUCACUGCCAUGUGUCCUGUGCCUGAGCCGAGCUCUGCUGUCCCUCCCUGGGGACAGCGUGGCUCACGGCACUUUGGGUUUUGUGGGUGCCUCUCCAGCCACAGGCCUGGCUCCAGCUCGGUCCUGGUGCAGAGGCUGCCUUUGGGACCUGGCACCUCACAGGAGCUCACAGCUCCUCGUGUGUCCGUCCUGGGCAGCCCGGGGGGCAGCGGGUCAGGUUUGCUGCUUGUGUCAGCCCUCGCUGGUGCCAGGGAUGUUUCCAGGAGGGUCAGCCCCGGCUGUUGGCUCCUUGGCGACGUUCCCGGUGAUGGUUUCUCCCGUUCAUUUUUCCCACAAUCCCUUGUGUAAAUCAGGGAAGCAGGAUGUUGCCUCGGCAUGACACACGGUGAGCGUUGGCACACUCGGAGCCGGGGCAGGGGCAGGAGGGUGUGCCUGGAGCUGCCCCUCACCAUGCUGUGACCAAAUGAAUGUUUGUGCUGGCAGCUGCGCCCAGCCCGGCCUGCCCCGCUCCGCUGCUCUGCUCUGGGACUUGACUACCUGUGGAAAUGUGACCAAUAAGUGUUGAAUGCAUGUUUAGUGAGUGUUUAGCUGUAUGAACUAAUAAAUGUGAAAUGUUCUGCA